AUGCCGGAGGCCCCGAGGCGUCUCAUGAUCGAUCAAAUUGUCGUCACUAAAGUUGUCGUCACAACCUCCGACAUUCGGGCGCCGUUGACUCUGUUACUGCGCGGGCACACCGAAGCCGUUGUUGCCCUCGCGAAUUUGCCGGAUGGACUACGAAUCGCCUCGGGCUCGAUGGAUGGCACGAUCAGACUAUGGGACACCAGCAUGGGCCGAUCGGUCUUGGAGCCGCUUCGAGGGCAUACGCUCAGGGUCAGGUCGGUCGUGUUCUCGCAGGACGGGAAGUGUCUUGCCUCCGGCUCAAGCGACCGCACGAUCUGCAUAUGCUACGCAGAAACAGGCAAACAGUUUGGCGCGCCACUACAGGGACACAAGGACUAUGUGCUUUGCAUGGCCUUCUCUCCCAACGGCGGAUAA